ACUGCUGCGAGCCCAGCGCACGCGAGCCCAGCUGCCACGAGCCAGGCCCGGCCCCCAGCUGGUGGCGCAUCCAGGAGAGCGAGGAGAGCGAGGGAGGAACUGACCAGCUACCUCUUUGGGGACAAAGUUCCACACAGCCUCCUCUGCGGAGAUUGCAGCAACCCCGCGACCUUUGCGAUGCGCGGGGGCAAGGAAGGGGGCAAUUUCAAAUACUUCUGCGGUGUGCAUCGCCUGUUCAAACCUGGCUGCUUCCAGAUUGAGACGGCCCGGGCAGAGUGGGCACUUGACUGCGAAGUGUACAAGUUGAAGAGAGAGCUAGCGCGGUCGCUCGACGAGGAGGCGCGGCUCAAGGGCAAUCGGGGUUGCAACGAAUGGCACGAGAACGAGUACUGGUGGGAUUCAACUCCCAAAAGCAGAGACCUGAUCGCAAAGCUCUUGAUUAUCGGCGGGGUCGAGAGCAAUCCGGGGUUCCCAUCGACCGAAGGGAACAGUCCCCUAGCAUCGGGAGGCGACAUGCCAGUACGCAACGUCGGGGCGGCCGGAGUAGUCGCUCAGCCGCCUCCUCAUGAUGCAAGGGACGGCCCUGAGGAUCGGCGACACGCCAGCGCGGACCAAUCGCAGAGUUCGGGAUCCGGUGUCGGCACGAAGAGGCCGCCAGAGCAGGUUUCGUCAAAGAGGAGGGGAAGGAGGAGACUCUUCAAGCUCUCUGAACUUGAAGGCGGAGCCCCUACAGACCUCGCCACAGGCAGCGUGAUCGAACCGACUACUGGCGCGCGCACACGGCCGGAGAGCUUGAGGAGGACCUCAGUGGAUCGUCCGAGCGGGCCGCGGGCAGCCGCCGCGAUGGGCGCUGGCAUGGCCAUGCAGGAGCGAGUGGUUGCCGACUUCUUUGCAGAGAGCAGACAGCAGCGAGAGGCUUGGGUGGCGAGAGAGGAGGAGACGUUCGGCCCACUCUCCUCGCCAGAUCUGGAGCGUCUAGAAACCGAUGGUGCCGAGGCCCGAGAGCAGGAGCUGCCGGAAAGGCGUAGUCCGUACCCACAGCGCCCGACCUGCAAAAGGGCAAAAGCGAAUCCUACUACCAUGGAAGAGGCAGCUCGGGCGGCCGGUCGAGCGGCUGCGGCAGCUCAUCUGCAAGCUGUGGGGGCAUUGAGGACAUCUAGAACGCAGCGCGAGGGGCAAGCCGUUCAUCAAACCGAGCUGGGUGAUUUCGAAGGCCCGCCUCGUGCACGCCCCGUCGCGCUGGUGACCGACGCUCCCAUCCCAGACGUCGGGGCCCUGGUCGAUCGCCUGAGAGCCAAACGGGACGCCGAAGAGGCGGCCGCACGAGAGAAGCGGCUGAAAAGCUAUGGGCGCGUGCGACCCCUGGGUGCUCCACGUGGGACGGGGGAUGCCCUGGCCCGCACCAUGGACCAGGACCCGAGCCCUUCCUCCUCUCUGCCCCCUGUCGUCCUCCCUUCUCGGGGGGAAGAUUCCCCCCCGAGCGCGGAGCAGACCCCCACAGGAGCCCCCUCUUCACCGGCCGUGGAAGACGAACGGGCCCCGCCGUCGCCGCCGGCCGACCAGCCCCCUAUAGACGCGGAUCCGGGUUUGCCUUCCCCCUCCCUCUCGCAACCCCAUGAUGAGCCCCCCUCCCCCGGGCACCCACCCUCUCCCCCCCUCGCUGACCAGCCCGAAGAGCCCCCGAUCAUAGCCCCGCCCCCCCUCGAAAAAGCACAGCCCGAGGUGGUUCCCAGUCAGCCCCCAGCAGCUGCCCCUUCCCCUUCCCCCACCCACCAAGAGCAGCCGCCCGUCGACCAGGCGCUUGCAGCCGACCCGCCAAACCAGCCCCGGGCAGCGGACACAAGCUGGCCCGCUACAGCGGAGCCGUCCGCAGAGCUGUCGUCCGCACUUCCGCCCUCGGAGCCUGCCGCGCAGCUGCUUGGGGAUCCCCCUCAGGCUGCGUCGGUCGAAGAUAGUGGGCCCGGCUGGUGCAAGAAGCUAGUGGAGGCACUCCGGCAACGGCGGGCAAACGGGCGUGCAAUUGUGGUGGCGGAGGAUGUGCACCAGGAGGGGGCAAAGCGCUACGGCAGCUUCAAGGAUGUCGCGGCCUUGGUGGCGCACCGGAGGUCGCUCGGGCUGUUUGCGCACCUGUACGAGCUCAUCCAGGACGAUGCCUGCUGGCGCAUCUACUUCGACCUGGACUUUUCGCUCCCAACCGAGGACCCGAGCGACUUCGAACGGCGCCUGGAGGCUUUCCACCUGGUCAGGGACCGGUUUCUAACCUCGGUGCUGAACGUCCCCGAGGGUGCGCUCCGUUUCCAAGCUUGCGAGGCGCACGGUUCAGCGCGGCCCCCGAAGCAAGAGUUCAAGUACAGCGUGCACGAGGUGCUGGAGGGGUUCUGCCUGAGGGGGCUGGAAGCCAGGAGGGCAUUCGGGAAGGCCUUUGGGUGCUUCUUGGAGAAUCCCCCGGACGACCUAAAGCCGAGUGCUGAGCUCCUGCGGAAGGACGGCGGAUCCGCCUACAUCUGGGACGGGUCCGUCUACGGGCAACAUCGCUGCUUCCGAAUGCUCAGGUCCUCCAAGUUUGGGGACCGUCUUCGCGCCCUCGUCCCCUGCGAGGGCAGCUCCGAGGCGAUCGCUGACCACCUGGUCUGCCUUUACUCGGAAGCGGAGCUGGCUGGUUCCACCGAGAUCAGCGGCGACCUUCUCGGAGAGUGGGCGACCGCGCGGCGCGACCCUCCUGCCCCGGCCCGCGUGGGGGCCUUCCGGCAGAGGGCGCUCGCCCUCGAUGAGGCGAGCACCUCGGAGGGGCCCCGCGAGGACCUGAGCGCGCAAGAGCGGGCCGUCCUCCUCGCCCGCUACCAGGAGGACCACGCAGGGGUCGAGAUCAACCGGGUGGUGCAGGAGCGGCCGGGGCUGUUCUUCGUCCACUUUCGCGCGCCCGAGCCCACGUGCGUCAUCGCGGGCAGGCGCCACACGUCCCCCGGCAACCAGAACCCGUACCUGAUAUACAAGCGGGACGAGCCGCGCAUCGCCCGCUACCAGUGCUUUGCCAACAACUGCAGGGGCGAGUGCCGCGUGCUGCCCCUGGACAUCCUCACCACGCUGGGAUGGACGGAGGACUACGAGGAGAACCUGGGAAUGCGCCCCUACCCCGCGUUCAAGCUCGCUCACGUGCGCAAGCGAACCAUCCUGAUUUCGGCCAAGAAGGGGGUCGGAAAGUCGAAGGAGUUCAUUGCGUGGCUUGUGGCCAUGGUCAAGUUGAACCCCGGCCUCUCCUUCGUCCUGAUCGGGGCUAACAUCUCGCUGUCCCGCAAGUACCACGAGGACCUGGUGGAGGCGGGCGUGGAAGGCGUGGUGCUGUACCUGGAGGCGCCCCCGGGGCCAAUCGCCGCCUCUCGCGCCGUCAUCUGCAUCAACUCCAUUCACCGCGUGCGCGCCAAAAUGGACCUCGUGGGGAUGGACGAGAUGGACAUGGUGCUCACCAACCUCAACUCCGAGGUCAUGUCCCAACGGGGCCGGGUGCUGUCCUGCUUGGAGGCGGCUGUUGGGGGAUCGAAGGUCGUCAUCGGAAUGGACGCCAACAUCGACUGCGCACGGGUGAUGGAGUACCUCUUCAUGGUGCGGCCGGAUGCGGUUCUCCACACCAUCCGGAACACGGGCUUGUACCCGGCCGAGAGGCAUGCGACCAUCCGGAUCUUUCCGCUUGGGAGCGGGCUGCUCGACUGCAUCGACGCCGCAGUACGGGAUGUGCUGGACCGUGUCGCUCGAGGCACGAAAGUCGUUUGCCCGUCGACCUCCAAGCGCUUCGUGAAACACCUCGAACACCAUUUCAACAUCGAGAACCCGCCCCUCAAGUCUGAUCGACGCGGCAUCUUCCUGCACGCCGACAAGAGGUCGAAAGCCGACGAGGAGUUCUUCCAGAAGGCGAUGGCCGACCCAGACACCUACUUGGAAGCGGACUGUGUGGCGUUCUCUCCAAAGCUCGGCCCAGGUGUCUCGAAAGAGAAGCCGUACGCUGAGGAGACGGUCGCCUUCGCCCUCAACAACCUCAACGGCCCCGCCGUUGAGACGAUGCUCCAGCAGCAUGCUCGCUUCCGAACGGUCACUAACUCCACCAUCUACUACAAGCAGGCGGUGAGCACUGCAGUGGACCUGCUGCGCUCUACAGAGGCGGUCUUUCAAGCCAUCGAGCGGGACGACAAGCAGAUCGUCAAGAUGCUCGGCGACGCGGCCGGCUUCCAGUUCCUGAGGGGUUCGCAGGGCAUCUGCGACCGCUCCUCGGCGAGCUGCGUCUUGUACGCAAACAACAUCCUCGCCAAGGUUGAAAGCUAUCUGGAGUACGUGCCGAAGCUGAAGGCCGACCUCGAAAAGCAGGGCUACCAGGUGACGGUCGAGCACGUCGAGCCAACGGACGGCCUCGGGAGCCCGCCCCCGGAGGUGCCCCUCGGCUUCGAUGCGGAGCCAGAGCUCCUGACCGCUGAAGAGUGGCGAGCGAAGUACAUCAUCAACUCGGAGCAAUACGAGAUUUUGUGCGAGAGGCCGGAGGACCUGAGCCCGAAGGAGGAGCUCAAGGAGUUCCUGUUCGAGAUGGUCACGAAGGAGAUCAAGGUCGACCCCAGCCGGGUUGAUCACGACUUCUACACCCGCUUUUGCGCUGACGAGGACGAGGCGAAGGGAACAAGAGAGGCCCACGCAAAGUAUCUGAGGUUUCGUGAGCAUCGCUUCGACGCCCUCGCCGCGGACCUGGACAGAGCACUUGGGCAGGUCAACGGGGAGGGCGUGAUUCAGGAGUACGUCCAGGAAGUGCGCGACCCCGUCAACCGUGUGCCGUUUGCGGUCCGCGUGCUUGCAUUCCUCGUGGGUUGCGAGGAGGGGGAGCUGAAUCAUCAGGCGGAGCGGUGGGAGGUCUCAGAUGAGCGCGUGCAGGCUGCCUAUGCGGAGCACAUCGGGCCCAACAAGGCCCGUUUGAAGACCAUCUUCAACCUUUACGGCUUUGUGCAGCAGACCACCAGGCCGUCGAAGGCUGCCGAAGGGAAAGUGAGGGAGAAGAAGGCUCAGAAGCGGAAUGCGGUGGGGAACGUGCUCAGAGCGGGCCUCGGGAUCGAGCUCCAUAUGGCCUCGAGGAGCGGCGGCAAAUUCAAGCAUCCCCACGUGUUGACGCCCGCCAUCUGGUUGAGCCUGCAUGAGCGGUACGGUUGGUUCAAUCCGGAGCCGGUCGCUGGGGUGGAGUGCAUGAUCAAUCCGAGAAGGUAG